UUCAAAGUAGCAACCCUCGGACCAACAGCAGCACCAAUGGCAGAGUGGAAUGCCUACUACAGGAAUGAAAACGAGGAGGAAGAGCAGGAGGAAGGAGAGGAAUCUGGAGGAGAUUACAAGAGCACCGGGAGAGACAGUUUGGUGUUCUUGGUUGAUGCCUCCAAGGAAAUGUUCGUCAAAGGAGAAGAUGGACAGCCGUCUAACUUUGAUAUGACCAUGCAGGUUGUGCGCAGCGUGUACUCCAGUAAGAUCAUCAGUAGUUACAGGGACUUGGUGGCUCUGGUGUUUUAUGGUACAGAGCAGAGCAAGAACCCCAGAAACUCCUUCAAGCACGUCUACGUGUACCACAACCUCGAUGAACCGGGUGCAAAGAGAGUGCAGGACGUGGACGCCCUACGUGGUGAAAAAGGCGCCACGCUCUCGGCAGAGACGAUGGGCUGCGGGGAGACGUCGUUGGGUGACGCCCUGUGGUGCUGCGCCAACCUCUACAGCGACAUCAAGCUACGCCUCUCACACAAGCGGCUCAUGAUCUUCACCUGCAGGGACGACCCACACGGAGGCGACGGCACGAAGGACCGGCAGGCUCGCACCAAGGCCAGCGACCUCAAAGAGACGGGUGUCGUCAUAGAUUUAAUGCACCUGAUGAAACCAGGGGGCUUCGACGUCUCGCUCUUCUUUUGCGACAUCGUGAAUCCGCCGGAGGAUGAGGGUGAGUUGGGGCUGCAGCUGGAGCCUUGUGACAAACUGGAUGACCUCCAGAAGAGGGUUCGGGCCAGAGAGCAGAAGAAGAGAGCAAUGGCCAGGCUUAAUCUGUGUCUUGGUGAGGGCAUGAACAUAGCCGUGGGAAUGUAUGCAAGUGCUGUUACUGCUCGGAAACCAGCUCCAAUCAGACUGUACAGGGAAACCAACGAGCCAGUCCGCAGCAAAACCCGCACCUUCCAUACCCAGACUGGCAGCCUGCUACUGCCCAGCGACAUUAAGAAAGCCCAGACGUAUGGUAAGAAACAGAUCGUGUUGGAGCGAGACGAGGUGGAUGCCAUCAAGAAGUUUGAAGAUCCUGGAUUUUUCCUGAUUGGAUUCAAACCCAUGGAGAAGCUCAAACUGCACCAUCACAUCCGGCCCGCUGUCUUCCUCUACCCUGAGGAGGACGAGGUGAAAGGCAGCGCGUGUCUGUUCUCUGCCCUGCUGACCAAGUGCAGCGAGAAGAACGUGUUCGCUCUGUGCCGCUGCACCUCCCGCAGAAACUACCCUCCUCGAUUCGUCGCCCUGGUGCCUCAGAGAGAGCACGUCGACGAGGGGAAAGUGCAGAUUACGCCGCCAGGUUUCAAUGUCAUCUACCUGCCGUAUGCUGACGACUUCAGGAAUCUGGACCCCCCCCAGUUCCCAACUGCGUCACAAAUGCAGGUGGACAAGAUGAAGGAGAUUGUCACCAAGCUCCGAUUCAAAUACAGGAGUGAUGCUUUUGAGAAUCCGGUGAUCCAGCAGCAUUACAGGAACUUGGAGGCCUUGGCUCUGGAUAUGAUGGCUCCAGAAGACAUAGAAGAUCUCAUCAUGCCAAAGGUGGACCAGAUUAACAACCGCCUGGGUCCCCUGACUGACGAGUUUAAAGAUCUGGUCUACCCUCCCGGCUACAACCCAGAGAGCAAACCAGCUGCCAAACGCAAAACAGAUGAUGCUGGAGGCAAGGCGGAGAAGAAGGCCAAAGUGGAGCUGCCAGAAGACGAGCUGAGGGCCCACGUGCAGAACGGCACACUGGGAAAGCUGACCGUGCCUGUGCUGAAGGACGCCUGUAAGCAGUUUGGGGUUCGGACCACCGGCACUAAGAAGCAGGAGCUGAUAGAUGCUCUGAUUGCUCAACUGGCACCGUGAGGCUUCAGAUAUCUGACCCGCUGUGCCUUCAUCAGACUGGUUUCACAUCAGCGCUUCUGUGUUCACACUUGUGGUGUAAAAAUGUGUCCUGCUGCUUUAGCAUGAACACACUCCUGGUAGAUUUAAAAGCUGUUUUAAAAAGCAGGGAGCCAGUGAUUGCUCAGGGGGGAUCCUGUUUUAAACUCACUAUGUGUAGAUUUUGGGAUGAGCAGCCACUGUGUUUAGUGUGUAGAAGAUAAAGUUUACUGUUCUUCUUGAUUAAAUUAAACCUACUGCUUUACUCCCUUUUUGCAAGUCUUUGUGUAAUCUCUUCCAUUGAUCAUGUUUUGAAUGGCUGGUUCAUGUUGGUUAUGAGAGUUAUAAAAGAAGUCUGAUUGUAUUGUAAUACAGUACACUGUAAACAUGGUCAUAAAAUAACUGUAACCUUUUUUGAUAAUCUUUUUGCAUUAAUAAAAAAAUCUUUUUAUAUU